AUGUAUGACCUUACUCAGCUCACAAAGGCGAAAAACAUCACUAAUCAAAACGACGGCCCUCGGUUCCUGUCAAGAGGGCAUUCCUUCCGGACUGUUGUGGGCGACACCUUGCUGCUGCCCUGUCAAGUUCAGAACCUCGGGUCUCUAGUGCUGCUAUGGCGGCGCGGUCCAGCAGUUCUAACAGCUGCCAGCUUGAUGGUAACGAGAGACGAGCGAUUCCGGCUCGUCGACGGCUAUAAUCUGCAGAUCACCGAUGUGGGCCCACAGGACGCAGGCGAUUACGUGUGUCAAAUCUCGGACCGCGUCGCCCGCGACCAAGUGCAUACGGUGGAAGUGCUGGUGCCGCCAUCGGUCCGCGUCGCGCCCGAGUCGCGUCACGCGGCUGCGAGAAGAGGUGGCGCGGCCGUCCUUGAAUGCAGAGCCGCCGGCAACCCCGUGCCAACUGUCACUUGGCAUAAAUUGAAUGACUCGAACACGCGCCUGGGAGAAGGUCCCCAGCUGCAGCUGGCGAGACUCGAGCGCCACCACAGCGGGAAGUACGCCUGCACCGUCGACAAUGGAGUCGGGCCACCGUUGGUUACGGAGUUCACUUUACAAGUGCUAUAUCCUCCAGAAAUAAUGGUAGAACGAUCAUGGGUGCAUACUGGCGAAGGAUUUCGGGCGGAGUUACUGUGCACUGUACUUGCGGACCCAGCUGCCGAGGUGUCGUGGUACCAGAACUCAUUUCCCCUGAGUGCGAGUGAACGCGUCACGAUGGCCACUAGAGGGAACAACCACACGCUGCUCAUCGCUAAUGUACAGCCAGAGGACUUUGGCAACUACAGCUGCGUAGCUGACAACACCCUGGGUAGGGCGCGGCAGCACGUCGAGGUGUCCGGGCGACCAGGUCCCGCUCGCUUCACGUCACCACCGCUGUCCCGCCGCGCGAACGCUUACACGCUCGCCUUCGCGGUUGACAGCUACCCGCCCUUGGACGAGUUGAGGCUGCUCUAUCGGCAGCUGGCGAUCAACGAGACGUUCCAGCAGCCCGGGCGCUGGCACGACGUGGUGAUCCCUGCGCCGGCGCCGGCGGGCUCGCUCACGCACCGCGUCACGCACGAGCUGCGCGGGCUCGAGGCGGGCGCCGUCUACGAGGCCAUCGUGCAGGCCAAGAACCGCUACGGCUGGAACGAGGUCAGCGACAUCUUCCAGUUUCACACCCUGGGCGGUAUGCACACAGUCCACGCAGACGAGCUCUCACCAAUGUUCGCGUCAGCGGACAUGCACAAACUAAGCGGCUACACCAUCCCCUUCGCCUUAUAUUGCCUCGUAACCUUCGCCUGAUUGGCCGAACCAUGAUGUCUGAUGUAAUUGUCAUUGGCUGAAUGUAAGAUGAACGUAAUUCAUUGGAUGUUCAGUGAAUCGAAGACACCUGAUUGGUCGGAUGUGACGUGAUCGACCAUUUUCGAAUUUUUGCAACCGACGUUUAAUUAGAAUGUUUUAAAAUUGAUUUGUGAUGAAAAUUUUUAUUUUAACGUAAUGUUGUGGUUACUUUUGAAAUUGAGGCAUUCAGUUAUAAUGUUCAUUUUGCGAAUAGACAUUCGUUGAAUCCUUCAUCGAUUUCGACCACGC